GCUUACUUUUUUGGUGCAACCGCUCUGAACUGUGUCAUGCGAAAGCGGUAAAAACUAGAAGACGUUGGAACUAUUGGCAGAUUCAUAGGUCAUGUUUUCCCUUGCAGACAUCAAAUUCUAGUCGAAACCAAACUAAAGCAUGACAAAUGCAGCAUCCAGGAUAUGACAGCUGCAGGACUUUAGACCUUGGACCGCUCCAUUUGACUGUCUGUAAAUCAUUUGCAUGUUUUUCUUUUCUUUUCUUUUUUUUUUUUUUGGUCAAUCAGCUAAGUUUCCUAUCAACAGCGUUCUUCCUGGUGCUAAUAUCUGGUGAUGUAAACCCAACCUUCUGAGCUGAGGACACCAUGGAGCCAUCCCAAGAUGUUUUGGGCACAUCCCAACUAAGACUUGAGCCUGGGAACUUCCUGACUAACUUUGCCCACUCAGCAGCCAGAUGCUCCAUUUCUACUGAAGUUGCACUUUUGCAGAUUUUAAUGAGAAUUCGAUAAAUUCCAGGUCUGGACAUGGAGCCGAUCAUCAUUGGUCACAGAGGAGAAUCGCUUGUGUCAACACAUCUGCCGGUGCUAAUCUUCACUGCAGGCUACAGUGUCUGAUAUCAACAGGCCUUCGGGACACAUCCCGUUCACACCGCGCGCUAACCACGGGAGAGUGACGGUGCUCUCGAGCAGUCCGAGGAGCGGAUUUACAAUUCCUCAGCUGCCACUCAAACACACCGCGGCUCCGCGUACAGGAGGAGGAGGAGGAGGAGGAGGAGGUGGAGGAGGAGAGGGAGGACGGAGAGGACGAUCCAUCCAUUCAUCAGGACUCCGCCGCCUGGACCUCCCGCGUGCCCCUGACAGCCUGCGCGGAGGCGCGAGACUACACCGCGAGCUCCGGUCGGUCGGUCGGUCGGCGGCGGACGCGAACGACGGUCGCACGCGCACAGAGAAGUGGGAGGGGGUGCAGCGUGGAGAGAGAGAGAGAAAAAAGAGCCCCUCUUGUCAGGGUUAUUCCCCGGUGUGGAUGUAGAGAGACAGAGGGAGAGAGGGCUCUCAUUCUCUGCCUCUGACCGGACGCUUUUCCUGAGGGUCCUACCUGGUUGCUGAUUUGGUGAAAGUGAAGAACACCAUGACCCAGGAGGGGCAGGCACUGCCCUCUCCCACCCCACCAGAGAACCCAGUGGAGCCCAAUACAAACACCACCACCGCCGCCACCACCGACCCGCCGUCAGAAACGCACCACAAGGCCGAUGAGGACAAGCUGGAGGCUGGGGCAAAGGAUGAGCUAGAGGAGGGGAAACAAGAAGAGGAGAUCAGAGAAAGAGACGAGGGGGCUCAGGGGGAGGCUCACAGAGAAGGAGAGGGGAGAGUGGAGGUGGAUGAUGACGGAGGAGAGGGUGAGUUGAAAGAGGAAAGGGUAGGUAGCACUGGAGAUGAACAUCAACGGACAGAAGGAGAGGCGGAGGGAGAGACGGAUGGGACGACAGGGGAAGGAUGUAUAAAUGUGGAGGUGAGCUCAGCGGGGGAGGAGGCAGCGGAGAUGAAAGAGGAAGAGGAGGCAAAGGAAAAUGAAGACAUGAAACCCUUUACAGCAGAGGAGGAGGAGGAGGAGGAGGGAACUAAUUCUCAACAAGCUGGGCGACUGGCAAAUGGUAUAGGUGGGAAUGAGGACGAGGACGAAGGGGGUGAGGAGAACGAGGGCGGAGAUGACGGAGUGACACAAGCACAUUUGGACACUUUCAGCUCCAACUUUGAGACGACAGUGGAAGAGGCCGACACAGAAGUGGAGGAGGAGGAGGAGGAAGAAGAGGUCCAGAAAGAAGAAGGAGAUGGAGGAGAAAAUCAGGACAGUUUCAGCUCAGUGUUCGAGCAGAUUGUUGAGCAGGUCGACGUGCAGGAGGAAGAAGAGGAGGAAGAAGACCGAGGGUUGGAAGAGGAGCGGGAGAAAGGCAUGGUGGACAACAAAGACGGGUUCAGCUCCACGUUCGAGCGCAUCGUAGAGUCCGCCCUGCUGAGGGGCGGCACCUGCUACAGCAGCCUGGACUCACUGGACGUGCUGUCACUCACCGAUGAGACGGACAGCUGCGUCAGCUUUGAGGCGCCACUGACGCCUCUCAUCCAACAGAGGGCACUGUUACAAGGCCCCGAACCGCUGGAGCUGGAAUUGGCGACGGUUCAGGAGCAAGAAGGGUCUGAGGUCGGACCAGAUGCCCCGGGUGGUGAGCUCACGGCGGGGGAGAGCAGCGUCAGUGGAGCUGGAGCCAUGGCCGGAGUAGGAGGAAGCCCGCUGAGGACCACCAUACCGGGGAGCAGAUCGGAGUUUGUUCUGAGCCAGCCUGGACGUUGGGCCAUCCCUAAUGGAUACCAUACAGACUCCCAAGGAGCCAUGGAAGGCUGUGGAGCUAUGAUGAACUCUGUCAGCGAUGCCAGCCUCACAGACGUGCUGUCUGACUCAGAGGAGUGUGAUUUGGGCAGUCUGGAGCGUUUGGAGCGCGGGAGCACGGACACUCUGGCCAAUGGCUGCAGAGCUGACAGCGAGGCCGCCAAGAGGCUGGCCAAGCGCCUCUUUCACCUCGAGGGCUUCAAGCGCUGUGAUGUGGCCAGACACCUGGGCAAGAAUAAUGAGUUCAGCCAGCUGGUGGCAUCUGAGUACCUGAGUUUCUUUGAUUUCUCCGGCCUGUCGCUGGAUCGAGCCCUGAGGAAUUUCUUGAAAGCCUUUCCACUGAUGGGAGAGACCCAGGAGAGAGAGCGAGUCCUUGUGCAUUUCUCCAGACGCUUCUGCCACUGUAACCCACAGACACCCACCUCUGAAGGUCAGAGUCGUGAGGGUGGUGAAAAAGAUGAUGGAGCCCACACAUUAACCUGCGCCCUCAUGCUGCUCAACACUGAUCUACAUGGACACAACAUUGGGAAGAAGAUGUCUUGUCAGCAGUUUAUCAGCAACCUAGAUGGCCUCAAUAACGGCAAGGACUUUCCCAAAGAGUUAUUAAAGGUCUUGUAUAACUCAAUCAAGAAUGAGAAGCUCGAGUGGGCAGUUGAGGAGGAGGAGCUGAGGAAGAGUCUGUCGGAACUGGUCGAGGAGCAGUGUGAGGGCGGGAGUAAGCGUGUUGCCAGGGUAACGGAUGGCAGUAACCCUUUUAUCGCCAUUCCUAUUCUCUUGAAUGCCGUCACCUACAAACACGGAGUGCUGACCCGCAAGAGCCACGCUGACAUGGAUGGCAAACGCACCCCUAGGGGUCGCCGUGGAUGGAAGAAGUUCUAUGCGGUUCUGAAGGGGAUGAUCUUAUAUCUCCAGAAGGAUGAGUACAAGCCAGACACUGACAUUUCCGAGGUGGACCUGAAGAACGCAGUGCGGAUCCACCACUCUUUAGCCACUCGUGCCACCGACUACAGCAAGAGAGCCAACGUGCUGAAGCUGAAAACCUCAGACUGGAGGGUCUUUCUGCUGCAGGCCCCGAGUGAGGAAGAGAUGAUGUCUUGGAUCUUCCGGAUAAACCUGGUGGCGGCGCUGUUCUCCGCUCCCGCCUUCCCCGCCGCCAUCGGCUCCAUGAAAAAAUUCUGUCGGCCCAUCUUGCCGUCCUCAUCCACUAGACUCAAUCAGGAGCAACAGCUGCUGAGUCACGAGAGCAAGCUGAAGCAGAUGAGCCUAGAGCUGGAAGAACAUCGAAAAAAUCUGCCCUCAGCCGACCCAAAAAGCAGAGACUGGGAGGAGUACCGGCUCAAAGAGCACUACCUCACAUAUGAGAAGACUCGGUAUGAGACGUACAUCAGCCUCCUGCAGGCUAAAAUUCGCGCAGAGACGGACGACCUUGAGAAGAUCGAGGCCAGCGUGAUGGGUGGUCUGAUCAUGGAGGCCGGCCUGGCUGGCCGCGAGUGCCACCUCCGCAAGACGCAGUCCUCCCCGUCCAUCAGUCAGGCCCACGGCGGUCUGAACGGGAGGGCCACUGCAUGCACUCUCCCGGGACAGAGGAGCUGAGGACAAGGGAGGAAGGAGGACCAGUAGCCACAGCCCGCAAUGCAACAUCCCUCCAAGCCAAACUAGCUUAAUACUACAACUCCUUACUGGGUUUGUUAUUAGUCUUUUGUGCUUUGGGCUCCUCCAUUCCUCAGUAAGCCGUCACUAUCCUUCCCAGAAUUUAUCAACCCUUGAUGAUAAGUUUCUGUCCUCGAGCAAUAGAUGAAGAAGACGACGAGCGUGCCCUUGACAUCCCACGAGUAACCCUGCCAAACCUCAGUUCAUUUGAACUUUUAUUAUUGCACAUUUUAAAUGAUCAUAACUGUGAUCACUAUUUAUAUCAACAUGAUCAGUAUUAUUUUGAAAAACUAAGCAGUUGUCUUCAGUUGAAAUGUGUUUUCAGUCAUGAGCUAAACUUUGAGUAGUUUAUAAUGUAUAAGUAAAAGGGCCGGAGAGAACAAAGAAAGAGGAACGGACUGGGUUUGCCUUUGUCCUCUGUGUCCUGUCGUCGCUCUGCUGCCCCGGGAGUCAGGCAGCGUUCGAGGUGGACAUGAGUAGAGAUGGUACUACUUUAGCAUUCUGGCCUUUAUUCAACUCGCAUUUACACACCCAGCCACUCACAGGUGUGUGUACGGCGUGGACCUACAGUGUGGAUGGAGUGUGGUGAGUGAAGAUACGACAUAUCCAUCAAAAAGAACUCAGAAGGUUUUAAGACCCUGUAUAGCAUAUUUAUUUAUUUAUUUAACUCUCCAGACCUUUACUCGCCCCAACAGAAGGGUUUACACUAAGCGUGCUGGCUCUUUUUUUCCAGAUAUUUCCUUGUUACCAUUCGAACUUUUACAUACAUUCACACGAGUACAGGAGCCGUCAAGUGGAUCAAUGGCUUAAACUGUUUACUGAGCUGCUCCGCCAGAGGAACUGGAGGUUGAGUGCCUUACUCAAGGGCACCUCAACACUUGCUGUUGAGGGAUUUUGGAAAACGCCACUCAGACGCAGAGAGAUCAAACGUCUGUUCCUGUGAUUUUUGAGGUGCCACUACCCCAAAUAGUACCAUGUGUUUUAAUUAUUCUCUUUGUUCUUAGAGAGUAAAAGUGGAAUGACGGUAUGUAACUGCAGGAAAGCACUGUGCCAUGUUAUGCAUUAUCCCCUCACUGCUCCUUUUAGUACACUGAGCUGGUAGAUACGUAACAAUAUAUGGUCGGGUGUGAGGUUUCUGAAAAUUUAAAUGAAGGGCAAAACAGGAAGGUGUGGGUGGAAGGCAUACAGUAUGUGUGUGCUGUAGCAUGCUAUUUAAAGUGUUUCCAUUUCAGACGUCGAAGCAGUAGGCAACGUGGAAAAGUAAAUUUAGCCGGGUCACGUUAUCGUACGAAGACUUUAUUGAGCAUGUUUGGUGAGAAACAAUGUGAUGGCCUUCUGAUGAAUAAUACAGCCAUCAAUUAGGCCUGGGUCUCUCAAAAGCAUCCUCCAGCACAACAGCAGCCAUUAUUCUUUUGACAAAAGAUGUACGUUUACUUACCAAUCUGUGCUCUGAUGUGUAACAUGUUACGUGGACCUAUCUUAGUUUUGUGGCCAGGUAUAAUAUUGGGCAUUUUAAUACCGGUGUAUUCCUUCCACUGUUACUGGCCUCGGCUUAUUUCGGACUAAGACUGGCUGAUAGCAGAGCGUAGCAGCAGGACUGCUCCAACUUAGUGUACUAAAGUCAGUGAACCUUCCAGCAUACGUGAAUGGAUAAGGGAUCGACAGCAAAACAACUCUACCAGCAAAGUAGCCCCAGAGUGGGGGAGGAGGGGGAGAGACUUGUUUUCUGAGAAGAACAGACUGGUUUGGUUUUCUUAGUAUGGCCGUGUACAUCAGCCAAAACGGACAUUCUGCACACAUUUUUUCCCAAACCGAGGAAAACAACAUAUUAAGCCUGAUUCUCCUGGAAGUAGGACUCGUGUAAGGUUGUGGGGAAGUAGAGAUGCGGUGGUACUGCUGUUUGUGAGCACCUUAAUUGACCCAACCCCCUCUAAACACACACACAUUCUUGCUUAUGACACAACUGUAGAUCAGUGAGUCCAGUGUACCCUCACUCAGCCCUGCUGUGGCACCGAAGCAUGUCGACAUAACCAGAGUUGUGGAUAUUAAUGGUAUGAACAAUUAUAUCUUUGGCUCUGGACACAAUGCUUCUGCUGCUUCGUUUAUCGUACUAACGGUGGCCGAUUGGGAUCUGGCUGGAAACCUGGAAUCACAGCUGGAAUCCUGGAACCAGAUUCUUGUACAGACCAAAAUGCUGAAAAAGGAGCUGAGUUUUACGGGAGGAAGUACCGUUUUCUAAAGCUGUAUUGUUAGGAUAAAUAACUGCUUUCUUACAGGGAGACUUCCCCUUAUAGUCACUUUGGCUGUUGUGCUAACCAUUGUUUCCCGAUGUUCUAGGGUAGGCCUGUGCUGUAAUAUAGGAUUGUGAAAAAAAAAAAGUUGAUUGUUAUGUUUUAUUUAAAAGAAAAAAAAAACAGGAAAAAAAAGACAACUUCGGCACUUUGAUGUCAGCAUUGGAUCUGUCUUUUUGUUUGUAUAUCUGAACUUUUUUGACAGGAUGCUCAUACCAUGUAAAGGACAUAUUUACUGAAUAUUUAGUCUGUGCUUCAUAAAGUAAGCUUUUAUACA